AUGGAAACCCUAAUUCAGGACUACAGAAAGAUCGACGGCGUAAACAUUGCACACGCUGGAAAAACAACCGUCUCGCUUUUUCGAUUUGGCGAAAGCGCUGAAGGCCAUUCGAAAACGAAGAUGGAAGAGACUUGGGAGAUCGAAGAGGUUGAUUUUAAUAUCCAGGGUUUAUCGAUGGACUUCUUUUUACCUCCCAGCGAUUUAAAGAAGGAAAAGGAAGGAGUUGGUGCAACGAGUAAUGGAAAGUUGCCGUUGACGAUGAGAUGUGCGGCGGCGGCGGCGGCGACUGCUGGUUCGAAGAUUUGUUCGUCGAGAGUGGCGGCCAUUGAUGUCGAUGAAUCGGAGGGCAGUAAUCAGAGUGAUGAAGAUGAAGAGGCUGAGCCGUGAAGAAAUAUAUUUAAAUUUUGAAACUCAAAUUUUUGGAAAUUUGUACAUAAUCCAUGACAUUAUAUAUGUAAAGAGAGAGCUCUCUAUUUAUAGACUUUUCCAGGUAUGUAGGCCUGGGCUUUAAUGGUUUUGGGCCCAACUAAUAACUUGGGCUUUAUGAACUUUGAGCCCAAACCCUUUGAAGUUGGGCUUU